AUGUUAGGAGAUGAAAAAAGUAGCUUGGAAUCUGAUUUUGCUCUGUUGGAGACCAUUCAUCAACAUCUUCUUGAUGAUAAUUAUUUCCAUGGCACUCACAUGGCAAGUCUUUUCCCAAAUAUCCCACCAGCAGUGGAGGAUUUGGGAAAACUUAGCAUAGUGGUUCCUGGUGAGUCUUCUGAGUCUUCCUCAUGGAGUCCACCCAACCAAAACGGCGUCGCUGAGCCAGCGCCCGCUACGUGGGCCGACACAACUGAGGUCAAAGAUAAUGUCCAGCCAAAGCUUGCGGGACGUGAAACCCACGCGCCUCCGGGAGGGAGGCAGAAUUACCGGGGAGUGCGGCAGAGGCCUUGGGGGAAAUACGCGGCAGAGAUUAGGGAUCCGGCUAAAAACGGCGCCAGGAUGUGGCUCGGGACCUACGAAACGGCUGAGGAUGCGGCUUUGGCUUAUGAUCGAGCCGCCUUUAAGAUACGCGGCUCGAAGGCUCUUCUGAAUUUUCCGCACCUCAUUGGCUCAGCUGAUGAUGCAUGCGACCGGGCCAGAGUGACUUCGACGCGCCGCUAUCGAGAGUGUUGUGAUUCAUUGGCAUCUUCGUCGGAUGGUGGCUCACCGAAACGUAGGAGGAGUAGUGGAGUUGGGUCGGUUGGCUCAAGCUGA